AUGACUUCGAAUCAUUCACCUCCGCGUCCUCCGGUGGAUCACUACAACAAUCCUUACUAUCUUCAUAACUCGGAUCAUGCGGGACUCGUCUUGGUCUCUGAUCGUCUUGAAACGGGAGCUGACUUUCAUGCUUGGCGUCGCUCUGUUCGUAUGGCGUUGAACGUCCGUAACAAACUUGGAUUCAUUGACGGUACGAUUCCUAAACCUCCUGCGGAUCAUCGAGAUUCUGGUUCUUGGUCGCGUUGUAACGAUAUGGUCUCGACGUGGUUGAUGAAUUCUGUUUCGAAGAAGAUAGGGCAGAGUUUACUCUUUAUGUCAACUGCUGAAUUGAUUUGGAAGAAUUUGAUGUCAAGAUUUAAACAAGAUGAUGCUCCACGUAUCUUUGAGAUUGAGCAGAAGUUGAGCAAUAUUCAACAGGGUUCUCUUGAUGUGAGUACAUAUUACACUGAGCUCGUAACUCUUUGGGAGGAAUUUCAGAAUUAUGUGGAUCUUCCUGUUUGUACUUGUGGCAAAUGUGAAUGCAAUGCAGCUGCUUCUUGGGAGUUGAUACAGCAGAGAAGUCGUGUAACCAAGUUCUUGAUGGGGUUGAAUGAGUCCUAUGAUGCUACACGUCGUCACAUCUUGAUGCUUAAGCCGAUUCCAUCGAUUGAGGAGGUCUUUAACAUGGUUGCUCAAGAUGAAAGACAGAAGAUAAUUCGCCCAUCUCUCAAGACAGAUAGUGUUGUUUUCCAGACUUCGGCUACUGAAUCUGCAAGUCCUCAUUAUGCUGCGGCUGUUGCCUAUCGUCCUAAACAACGCCCUGUAUGUACACAUUGUGGAAUGGCUGGACAUAUUGUUCAGAAAUGCUUCAAGUUACACGGAUAUCCUCCUGGUCAUAGGUUUUAUAAUACCAAUGCCUCUUCUCAGCAACGACUCUCUGCUCCCUCUAACAAUCAGUCACGUGGACCAGUAUCUCAAUCAUCACAUCAACAUCAGUCUACUACGGCUGGUAAUACAGUGGCUCAAGUGCAGAAUGCUUCUCCUGGUGCGCUUGAUUUGGCUCAUUUCACUCAGGAACAA